GGAUACCAGGUACAUUCCCCUGGCUAUCCUCAUGCCGUCUCGAUCGUCAUGAAUACCGUGAGGUAAGUCACCUCGCGCUUCAGAAAAUUUAACCCACAAAUCUCAAGCCAAGUUCACAUCCAGAAAGGGCUUGGCAACUCCCUUGUCGCCACGGCAGGUACCGGAUUUGCUCUUACAGGGAGCACAGAGCUAAAGGCAACAAAUGUCAAACAUCCUACUUAUUGACUAAAGCGCCCUCACUAUAACUGCGUUUCUUCACUGACCUUAGGUACCCAACGGGGCCUUCGCAUUCUGCCAUCAGAGAUCUCUCAGACAAUCUGAGUCCAACUCAACAUGAAGCUCUCCGUCUGGUUUCUGUCUCUGCCUGUGUUGGUGUCAGCACACGGCUAUGUGCAGCAGAUCUGGCUCGGUGACAACCUUGUGGAUGCUUGGAACCCUUACAAGGAUCCGUCCAAGAAACCGCCAGUCAACAAAAUCACCAGAAAAUUCAAGGACAAUGGGCCGGUGACGGAUGGCCUCUUCCAAACCUCGGACGCCAUCACCUGCAACAUCGGCCGUGAUGGGGUCAACAACGUCCCCGUCACUGCAACGGCUAGUGUAGCCGCCGGCAGCCUUGUGAAGUUCAUGUGGACGGACUGGCAAAGUGAUCAUCCCGGUCCGAUCAUGACUUAUCUCGCCGACUGCAAGGGCAAAUGCAGCGAGUUCUCCGGAAGUACCGGUAACGUCUGGGUCAAAAUUCACCAGGAGGGCUACGAUCCAACCAAGUCGGUCCCGUGGGCGAGCAAGAGGCUCCCGACUCAGAACAGCACUUGGGAGGUUAGGCUGCCGUCCAAGAUUGCUCCUGGAGAGUACAUCCUACGACACGAGAUCCUAGGCCUUCAAAGGACCAACACCCGAGGCGAGCUUGCCCAGUUCUACCCCAGCUGUCAUCAGAUUACGAUUACGGGCAGCGGGACGGCCAAGUUGCCGGCUGGAAUUGCGCUUCCUGGCGCGUAUCGGGCUGAUGAUAAAAAAUCUAUUUUUCUCGAGUAUCGGGCCAUCUCAGCCACGAACCCCUACACACCUCCGGGUGGGCCAGUCUGGGGCGACAACGGUUGGGAACAGUAGGGAGAACUACGUGCCGACUGCGUGUGAGGACGGACAGAGAUUGGGGGCCGUGAAAGAACCCGUUUCAAUGUGUGACCAUGGAGCUAUUCCCUUGAGACACCUAAGAUACCGAAUGUAAGCGUGGAUGAAUCAGU